AUGACAGCAAGCGCACCAUUUUGGAUCCGUGGGUAGUAGCUAGCUAGUUGUUGUUAGCCUACACGGCGCUUCUUCAGUGUAGUUUAUUUUCCAGAUUUGAGACUGAAGUCGAGUAAACAAAGAGAAGAUCGGAUCACAGACCGGACUCAGGGACUCUCUGUCUGAGGAAUGGACGGAGAGGAGGAGGACUUCAUGUCAGGGAACCAGUCCGGUAAAGACUCGGUUCCUGCUUUGUUUCUGUGCUAACAUGCUAACUCUGUCCUGAGCCCAAAGAGGUACUCAGGUGGUCUCAGAAACUCUCAGAAAGACUCAUUGAGGUUUGAAGUGAUGAUCAGACAUGAAGAUUAGUUUGGGGAUAGAGCCACCAGGAACUUGAACCAAAUCCACGUUUAGUGGUAGAGCCUCAGACCGAGAGGGACUCGGUCCCUUUUCUGCGACAUUAAGUCUUAAAUUUCAAGUAUUUUAUAAUAACAUGGAGGGCAGGGAAGGCUUUAGGUAGAUCCAAAGGGGAGCUUCUUUUCAGGAUCUUUUUACUCUGCUGGUACACGAAAGGUUUUGGAAAUAAGUCCUGAUCCAUAACCAAUACGCCCUGACUCCUCAGGUCUGGGCCAGAUGACCCAUGUUAAAACAAACACCUCUUUGAAUAUAGAAACCUUUUAUCCUGGGUGAGACUAUUCAAAAUACUCACUGCUUAUUUUAUGUCUGUACCACUUAAGACCAGGUCCAGAUCAUCAGUGAAAAUUGUAAACAGUAGAGGCCCGUAGAGGCACUUAAUGUCUGAGGAGUGGAACUUCACAUCUAAAGAUCUCCUGUUGAAAAUCAACCGUUACUGUCAGGCAGACACUUCAGCCAUAAUUAGGUUGUGUCAGGAAAAUUAGAUCAUCUCAGGGUCUGGAGUGGAUUUCUUUUUAAACCAUUACCGUCAUGAUGAGGGAUCAAACCGGUGAUUAGAGCCCAUCUUAGUCUGCUCUUCAUAAAGUAAAGGAGUUUCCAGCGACCUGGGCUGCUUUAGAGUCGCUGACCUGUUUGUGUUUCACAGAUGAUGGCGGCGGCACUCCAGUUCAGGAUGAACACCCUGGGUCAGACGGCGAGGAGAUGAGGAGCGACAGACAUCAUUCUGAGGUGAGGUUAAGGCCGCCACAUAACAUGCCCACACACCAUCUUCAUGUCUUAGAGUUACCUAAUCUCUAGUCUGUUAGUCAGGCCUGGAGAGUUAAAAAACUGAAAAGUAAGAGUUGCUGGACACUUCACUUUGGUGAAAGGGGUCACAGGUCAGAGGGAUUGGACUUCACUCUCCUCCAUGGGAUUGAAAACCUCUCCUCCAUGAAAUGAUUUGUUUGGUUUCAAAUGCGUUCAUUGAAAUAUUGAUCUGUCAAUCUCUGAGAUUCACCCUUGGCAGCUUCCCUCCCAUGUCUCCGUCUGGUUUCUCUCAGAGGAAGCUGGUCUCUGGUGAUCUCUGGGUGCAGGAGACUUUCUCUGUUGGUUCUUUCACAGCAGACUUUCCCCGCAAUAUUCACGACAUCCAGGUGUUUCUGUCCCUCUGACAAGUCACUUUCUGUCUCCACAGGACGAGGGCAGCAAUGAUGAGGACACUCCACAUGCUAUGGAGACCAGUGGGGCGGUCAGCGGCUCAGACAAUGAGGACCACAGAGGAGCUGACAGCGACUCUGAAGGCGAGGCUCCCAGGGGCCGCAACAACGACGACAAAAGUGAUUCAGAGGCUGAGGCCCCUCGACCUGCUGACAGUGAUGAUGACUCCCCAGUCAAACGCAGAAUGAGCGAGUCAGACAACGAGGAGUCGUCACCUGUCAAACACAGAGCUUCAGAUAACGAGGAGGAAGGAAGUUCGUCUCCCGUCAGACGCCGGGGAAGCAGCUCUGACAUGGAGGAGGGGGAGGAGAGGCCCAAAGCCGCCGCAGACAGUGACUCAGAGAACGAGGAUGCCAAACCUGCGGCGUCUCCAGACCAACGGUCCAAUGAGGACAGUGACUCUGACAGAGAGACGCCCGCCAGACACAAGGCGGCACAGAUAGACUCUGAGGAGGAAGAGGAAGGGGAGAAACAGAAGGAGGAGGCAGAGGAAGGAGUGGGAGGGAAGUGGAAGGCUGUGAUGCAGUCUGACAGUGAGGAGGAGGAGGAGGGGAAGAGGAGGAAGGCUGCUGCAAGAAGUGAUGAAGAGGAGGGGGAAAAGAGGCAGAGAGAGGACAGCGAGGAUGAAGAGGAGAAGCCAGGUACUAACCUCAUCCAAAUUCAGCUCCUAACAGCAGUAAAGAGGGUUAAAUCAGAUUCUUCUGCUGGUUUCAGUUUUUGGAUAAAAAUAAUCUACCUGUUCUUUUCAAUAAUUUGUGUUUUCUUUAUCACAGUGAAGAGGAAGAAGGCCAUUCUGUCAGACAGCGAGGAUGAGGAUGAGGAGAAGGCUGACAAACCAGGUGAGAGGACAGCUGUGAGUUAGCCAGCAAAUCAGGAGGUCCCACCUGACAAUCGUGCACAUGCUUUAAGUUUUCAGUAAGACCAAGUAUGCAGAAAAACUGGUCCCUCAACAUCUGGUCUUUACUUUACAUUCAUCAUCUCUUUGUUCCCUCAGCAGUGAAGAGGAGUCGGGCGGUCUCAGAGGAUGAGAACUCAGACAGCGAUGGAGAGUCAGUUGGUCCUGAUAAGAGUCUGGCAGCCAAACUGAGGGAGCUCGGCUCAGACAGCGCAAGUGACGAUGAGGACGAGAAGUCGAAGGUCACACCGGGAAAGAAGGAUGAAAAGGCGUUGUUCGGCAGUGACAGCGAAUCAGGAGACGGGGACGAGGAGGAGGAGUAAGUAUUGGACUUACUUUUCUCACCUGUACCUGAGUGACAGUUUGGACUAACAUGCAGAGGAAGGAAACAGGGAACUGAUUUUUAAGAAUACCAUCCUUCCUCACUCCUCCUUCCUCAGCAUCUGUGACAACAGAAAGGCUAAUGCUGUCCAACCUCAAAAAUAAAACAUUUAGACAUCAAAAUACUGUGAGUGUGACCUCUGACCCCUCUGCUUUUCCUAGGAAAAUGAUUGCAGACAUCUUUGGAGAGUCUGGAGACGAGGAGGAGGAAGAGUUCACGGUACGAGAAAAUGCUGACUGUUUCUUUACCACCUGAGUCCUUUAAAGUCCUGUUACUGAACUCAUACACCUGUCUGAAAUAAAGUGACUGACUGACUGUCUCGACCUCUGCCUGCAGGGCUUCAACCAGGAGGACCUGGAGGGGGACAAGAAAGUGUCAAAGGAGCUGCAUCAACAGCAAGAGGAGGAGUCUGACUCUGAUGACGGAGUCGACCGCAGCGGGCAGGAGUAAGCAGCUCAGGAAGGGAAAUUGUAGACAAACCGAAAACAUGCAUAUGUUCCCAUUUAACAACAGGAGCCUUUAAAUAAAUCAGCUUUUAAAGUGUUUCAAAGUUGCACCAAAACAGUAGAAAUGGGCCUUAGUGCUGGAAUCUAAUCAAAAAUAAUUUCUGCAAGCCUUAAAAAAACUGCAUGUUGCCUGUAAAAGCCUUUGGAUAUAGGAAUUGGUCAAAAGAGAGUCUAGAUCUGUCCCAGCACACUUUCCUCCAAGCUCCACGUCUGCGGCUGCAGAAAAAGAUCUGUGUAUUUAAGUUUCCUCACACUGACAGUCCUUUAAAACUCUGUUUUUUUUCUGUUCUUGUGUGUGCGUGUUUUCAGCACCAGCUUCAUGUCCGACUUCGACAUCAUGCUCGCUAAGAGGAAGGCCAUGAACAGCAAGAAGAGGCGGCACCGUGACGGAGGGACAUUUAUCAGUGACGCCGAUGACGUGGUCAGCGCCAUGAUCACCAAGAUGAACGAGGCCGCAGAGGUCAGCCUGUCAAAAUAAAAGCCUCUCCAGACACUGUUGGCGCCUUAAGGUCAUUCUUUAAUCCUCAGUGUGUCUGACUCUUUACAGGAGGACCGAACUCUCAACAGUCAGAAGAAACCUGCGCUGAAAAAACUCACCCUGCUGCCGCAUGUCGUCAUGCACCUGAAAAAGUGAGAGCUCUGACUUUGGUUUAAUGUCUGAACCUCUCAUCACACAUCCAAAGCUCCUACAGCUUUAUCUUAACACACAAGACACUUCCUUUGUUAUGUUUGCUGACCAUGAAUCAUGUGACCAUGAGCUCUGGUUUGAGGUCUCUCAUUGCUGUUUGUUUUUUUUCUCAGACAAGACUUAAAGGAGACGUUCAUUGACAGCGGCGUGAUGUCGGCCAUCAAAGAGUGGAUCAGUCCUCUCCCGGAUAAAUCACUGCCUGCUCUCAGAAUCAGAGGAGAGCUGCUCAAGAUCCUGCAGGAGGUGAGGACGAUGCUCUGGAAUGGAGAGCUCCACUCUUGUUUGAAAGAGUUCAGCCUCACCCUGUUUGUUUUCUCCGUCAGCUGCCCAGCGUCAGUCAGGAGACGCUGAAGCACAGCGGGAUCGGACGAGCCGUCAUGUUCUUGUACAAACACCCCAAAGAGUCCCGCGCCAACAAAGACCUCGCUCUCAAACUCAUCAGUGAGGACCUCUCUCUGGAAAAUCAGAAUUUCAGUGGUGUUCAUGUGUUUAGAAACAUGAGUAAAAGCUUUGAAUCUCUUUCAGACGAGUGGUCACGGCCAAUCUUCGGCUUGACAUCCAACUAUAAAGGGAUGACGAGAGAGGAGCGGCAGCAGAGAGACUUGGACCAGCAGAUGCCCCAGAGACGAAGACUAAGGUAUGAACACAGCUGUCAGACCUGAUGACAACCUGAUCCAUUAAAAAUCAUAGUUUGGUCACAGGAGCUCCAAUAGAAAGUUUAUGCUCUUGUGGCUCUGAGGUUCUGUCAUCAAGAUUUCCUUUUUCCCACUUCAGAGCUUUAUUCAUCCUUUUCAUCCUCCUCUCAUCACUUGUUCUGUUUUUCCUCCAAGCCUUUUUUCCUCCUGUUGUUGUUUCUUUUUUGGCUCUACCUUCAGUUUUUGCUUUCAUUCCUCUUUAUCACUUCAUUUUCAUCCUUCCUUCCCUCCUUUCCUCCUCUCCUCCCCUCAGUCAGCCUCAGAAGGUGGAGAGGGCGGAGGAACCCGACGUCUUCUCUCCACCAAUCAGGUUCAGUCAUUAAACUGCAUGGUUUCACUGCAAGUCCCACCUUCAGAGUGAGAUCUGAGAAAGACUGAACUUUAGAUUUAUAGUGGUUCUCUGCUUGAAGCAGCUAAACUUCAAAAUGCUAAAUAAUGAAUGUAGAAAAACAGGAAGAAGUAUUUAAGUCUGAUCAAGAUCUGCUUCAUUGUCCAUUUAUGAAGUCUGAAAAGUAUGAGUCAUUAAGUAUUCAACUAUAAUAAUAUUUGUUGAAUGAUGUUCAUUAUAUCUUCAGUUUCUUUUUUUUUUUUUUUUUAAUUCUUUUUUUUCUCCUGUAUCUCAGACAUGUUAUCUUUUUCAAUACCCUGACAUGUUUUGGCAGAAACUUCCGCCUUCCUCAGAAGUGUCACAGCCAAAACAUGUCAGGGUACGUGAAAAAGAUUACAUGUCUGAGAUAAAGGAAAAAAAGAAAACUAUAUACCAGCUAUUGACCAGCUUACAGGGAACAGUGAUGUAAGCUGCAGUUUAAGAUAUAUUAUGUUACAGAUAUAACACUAAUUCACACCGGUUAUUACCUACUUUUACAUUUCUGAUGAUGAGUCUGAGUUUAAAUUCUUUACAUUUAUAUUAAACCUUAAAAGCAAAAGAAAGUUGUGCACACACCGAGGUGCUGCAAAAAAAGGCCCGAAACACAUACAGUAAACAUGUUAGCAUAAAAACCAAGAAUAUAAAAACAUGAAAACAAAAGUAUAAAUAACAGAUUAUUUUAUGCACAAGGUCUCCAGAUUUGAAGGAGGUCAAGUUGAAUCUGGAAACUGUUGGCCUUACUUCAGUUUCAGUUUUAUAUCAAAGUUGAGCUCACAGUGUCUUGUCCUUUCAGAAACAGUGUUGUUGUGACCACACCUAAAAAGUCACUUAUAUAAGCUUUAUCAUCAUCACUUUAACGUACAGUGCAGGCAGUUUUAAAUUUGCUGAGUCCAUGUUAGAUUCAAAAGAGGGGCUGAGUAAAAACCCACAGAGAUGGUUCAGUCUAAACAUGUCUAAGACAUUAUCAAACUGAAGGUCUUGGAUCAGGUGAGUCUCUCCCUGUUAGGGUUUCCCCUCUGAGGACAACAGGGCAGAGAUAGAAACCUGAAGAGGGAACCAGCAGAGGUGUUUUCUUCCUGUUACACUGAAACGCUGACUAACUGCUGUGGGGUGGAGAAUGCUAAUAAUAGCAUGGGGACUCGGCUGCUGGUGUUAAUCCUGUUCCUCAGCAGACUGUAGAUGUGCUGCAGGAUUCACACUCUAAAAAUGUCUGAUUUCUCGGCUCUUAAUCUUUCCAUUUCUUCCUGAUAUAAACCAAAGUGUCCCCCUCUCUUCUAUCGGUGCAGCUCUGGAGGUCAGACGCCUCGGAGGGACUUAGAGAAACAGCUGACUGGAGAGGAAAAGUGAGUUAUACUUCAAACAUAACCAGGUUACUUUCCUGGUCCAGGUUUUAGAAUUUAAAGUGCAGAGAAGGCCAGCACUAUCACAACUGAACCCCUCCUCCUCCCUGCAGAGCUCUGAGACCCGGUGACCCCGGCUUCUGUGCCAGGGCUCGAGUCCCGAUGCCCUCCAACAAAGACUACGUGGUUCGACCAAAGUGGAACGUGGAGGUGGAGUCAAACAGGGUGAGUGCACUGAGGGGGGAGGUUUAUUUUUAGCUGUUUAAAGCUCCCGUGAGGAGGAUUUUUCUGCUUCAUCGAAUGAACUCAGAUUUCUAAUGCUGCUGUUUAUGAGCUGCAGAAACAAAGCAGACCAACAGAGAGACAAUGGGCUGAUUCCCUCGGGUUACUGGUCAAAGAUUAGAGAUAGACAGCACCCUGCAGAAUCAGUUUUUUUGACUGUAAAUAGAUUAAAAAAAAAAAAAAAAGCUGAGCUUGGAGUGAAAAAUAAGACUUAUUCUGCCUCUGGAUGUGUGACAGCCCUGGCUGGUUCUGUUGCAGCUCUCAUUGUGUUUAACUCAAAAUAAGAUUAUGAACUACCUGUUAUGAACAUGUCUUUGUAAAAGUCAUGAGGAUAGAUUUUCCUUAAGGGAUGAGAGUGAGGAUGACAAUCAUGAAAUCAUAAUCCUCAGUAAAGAGGUCUUUUGACAGACCUGUGGAUGAGUCUUUUUGGGGGUACAGCAGGUUAAAUUUCCAAUUUACUUUCACACACGACUCACCGGUGCAAACAAGGACUCUUAAUUAGUCUUUGUUAUAAAGUUUUAAUUUUACUGUUGUUUAAGAUUGCAGUUAUUCAUUAGAGUUUUUAACAAGCAAAUUUUAGAGUUUGUUUUAAAAGGCAUUUCUAUAGCAGCACAAAUAUAUAUCAUCUGAGCAGGCUGGUUUUAAAGUACAAGCUGUCUGUAAACUGGAAGUGAUGUCGUUGGCUGCGCUGUCGUUGGUCCUCUGUAGAGCGGCUAUAAAAAAGGAAUGAGCCUGCUGGAGAAGCACAAACGUCGCUUUGCAGAGCAGAGGAAAAACAACCGCCCACAGGGAGCUGUCAAGAUCAGCAUAGAGGGAAACCGAAUGCCUCUGUAGUUCCUGCUGCUGACCUGUGGGGGGCAGUAAGUCCUUCUGCAUGGUAUGACGGCGUGCAGUGAUGCUAGUACUGACUGUGCAGCAUUUCAGAGACCGCACCGUCGAACGGCGCAUUUGAAGUGUGCAUAAUGUCAUCAUGCGGCGCGAACAGUGUCCCAUUUGGCUCGAAAUGCUGAGCGUGCUUCAAAUUUGAUCUCAAAACCACACUACCCCCGCCCCUUUUUCGUGGCCUUGGUAUCCCAGAAUUCUUUGCGUGCCACUGCGCAUUUGGGGUGAGAGGCCGGACUCGCUUGGAGAUGCAGCGCAUCAUUAUACUCUUUAGAAAAGAACUGAUCCACUCUGUGACCACAAUCAAAAACAUUAGAAAUUAGAAAGCUGACAAAACUACAGCAGAGUGUCCCAACAACAUUGAGUUGUUUUUUUUUUUGUUUUGUUUUGUUUUUUAAGGUUUAGAGAUUAAAGUUGUAAACUUGGAAGAAUAAAGUUAUCAAGUAAAUAAAGUCAUAAAGCUGCUUUUGUGGGAGAAUGACUGAAGCUGGUCAUCUGCAGGGUUAUCAGCAGGUCAUUCAGAGAGAUUUUGUGGUUUCUGAAGAAACAAUCCAACUGAUGAUCAACAUUUGAGAUCCAGAGGGAGUCGAGCUCAGAUGAGCAAAACGUCUCUGACACUGGCGGUAGCCUACACCUGCAGAGACACCAUGGCCUUAUUAUGGCAUAUGGAUUCAUAUCAUAAACUAAAGCUCAAUGUCAUUCAUGGCUGCAUUGACAGAUACACUCACCGGCCACUUUAUUAGGUACACCAUGCUAGUAACGGGUUGGACCCCCUUUUGCCUUCAGAACUGCCUCAAUUCUUCGUGGCAUAGAUUCAACAAGGUGCUGGAAGCAUUCCUCAGAGAGCUUGGUCCAUAUUGACAUGAUGGCAUCACACAGUUGCCGCAGAUUUGUCGGCUGCACAUCCAUGAUGCGAAUCUCCCGUUCCACCACAUCCCAAAGAUGCUCUAUUGGAUUGAGAUCUGGUGACUGUGGAGGCCAUUUGAGUACAGUGAACUCAUUGUCAUGUUCAAGAAACCAGUCUGAGAUGAUUCCAGCUUUAUGACAUGGCGCAUUAUCCUGCUGAAAGUAGCCAUCAGAAGUUGGGUACAUUGUGGUCAUAAAGGGAUGGACAUGGUCAGCAACAAUACUCAGGUAGGCUGUGGCGUUGCAACGAUGCUCAAUUGGUACCAAGGGGCCCAAAGAGUGCCAAGAAAAUAUUCCCUACACCAUGACACCACCACCACCAGCCUGAACCGUUGAUACAAGGCAGGAUGGAUCCAUGCUUUCAUGUUGUUGACGCCAAAUUCUGACCCUACCAUCCGAAUGUCGCAGCAGAAAUCGAGACUCAUCAGACCAGGCAACGUUUUUCCAAUCUUCUAUUGUCCAAUUUCGAUGAGCUUGUGCAAAUUGUAGCCUCAGUUUCCUGUUCUUAGCUGAAAGGAGUGGCACCCGGCGUGGUCUUCUGCUGCUGUAGCCCAUCUGCCUCAAAGUUCGACGUACUGUGCGUUCAGAGAUGCUCUUCUGCCUACCUUGGUUGUAACGGGUGGUUAUUUGAGUCACUGUUGCCUUUCUAUCAGCUCGAACCAGUCUGGCCAUUCUCCUCUGACCUCUGGCAUCAACAAGGCAUUUCCGCCCACAGAACUGCCGCUCACUGGAUAUUUUUUCUUUUUCGGACCAUUCUCUGUAAACCCUAGAGAUGGUUGUGCGUGAAAAUCCCAGUAGAUCAGCAGUUUCUGAAAUACUCAGACCAGCCCUUCUGGCACCAACAACCAUGCCACGUUCAAAGUCUCUCAAAUCACCUUUCUUCCCCAUACUGAUGCUCGGUUUGAACUGCAGGAGAUUGUCUUGACCAUGUCUACAUGCCUAAAUGCACUAAGUUGCCGCCAUGUGAUUGGCUGAUUAGAAAUUAAGUGUUAACGAGCAGUUGGACAGGUGUACCUAAUAAAGUGGCCGGUGAGUGUAUAUCCUCAGCAUAUCCAUAUCUGCCUCCACAAAAGCAGCGAUUUCCUCUUUCUUCAAGUUGUCAUGACGCGAGCCUAAGGGCGGGGACAUUUGGCAACUCUACCAGGAAGUCCUCAGAAGGGUAGUCUGUCCCAUUUCACAAAAACCGGACCAUCUCACUCAGGGUACUUAAGUCCACAUACAGUGCAUCCAGAAAGUAUUCAUACCACUUCACUUUUUCCACAUUUUGUUAUGUUACAGCCUUAUUCCAAAAUGGAUUAAAUUCCUUUUUUCCCUCAAAAAUUCUACACAAAAUACCCCAUAAUGACAAAGCAAAAAACUUUUUUUAGAACAUUUUGCAAAUUUAUUAAAAAUAAGAUACUCAAAUGUUGCAUAUACAUGAGUAUUCACACCCUGAAAUGUUCCUCCAACUUGAUUGCAGUCCACCUGUGACAAAUUCAGCUGAUUGGACAUGAUUUGGAAAGCCACACCUGUCUAUAUAAGAUCCCACAGCUGACAGAGCACGUCAGAGCACAAACCAAGCCAUGAAGUCUGUCAGUAGACCUCUGAAACAGGGUUGUAUCGGUGCACAGAUCUGGGGAAGGUUACAGAAAAAUAUCUGCUCUAUUGAAGAUCCCAAAAAGCACAGUGGUCUCCAUCAUUAAGAAAUGGAAGACGUUUGGAACCACCAGGUAUCUUCCUAGAGCUGGCCGCCCAGCCAGCAAGUGGGGGAGAAGGGCCUUGGUCAGGGAGGUGACCAAGAACCCGAUGGUCAUUCUGACAGAGCUCCAGCGUUCCUCAGGGGAUUUGGGAGAACCCUACUGAAGGACCACCAUCUCUGCAGCACUCCACCAGUCAGGCAUUUAUGGUAGAGUGGCGAGACAGAAGCCACUCCUCAGUAAAAAGCACAUGACAGCCCGCUUGGGCUUUACUAGAAGGCACCUGAAGGACUGACAGACCAGGAGAAUUAAAAUUCUCUGGUCUGAUGAAACUGGCUUCAGGACAAGUCUCUGAAUGUCCUUGAGUGGCCCAGCCAGAGCCCAGACAACCCGAUUAAACAUCUUUGAAAAGACCUGAAAGUAGCUGUGCACCGACGCUGCCCAUCCAACCUCACUAAGCUUGAGAGGAUGUGCAAGGAAGAAUAGGAAAAACUACCCAAAUCCAGGGGUGCCAAGCUUGUUGCAUCAUACACAAGAAGACUGGAGGCUGUAAUCGCUGCCAAAGGUGCUUCGACCAAGUAUUGAGUAAAGGGUGUGAAUACUUAUGUAUAUGCAACAUUUGAGUAUCUUAUUUUUAAUAAAUUUGCAAAAUGUUCUAAAAAAAGUUUUUCACUUUGUCAUUAUGGGGUAUUUUGUGUUGAAUUUUUGAGGGAAAAAAGGAAUUUAAUCCAUUUUGGAAUAAGGCUGUAACAUAACAAAAUGUGGAAAAAGUGAAGUGGUAUGAACACUUUCCGGAUGCACUGUAACAGCAGUGUGCUCAGCUAAGCACGCUUGAGUGUGCUCAGCCUGAUGUGGUCUUUGAAAUGAGACACAGCCAUAGAAUGGACAGCGUCUGCCUCCUCUCUGGGUGAAGCCACUCCAAGAACAGCACCCUCUGUUGAUGGGCUGCAGUAUAGGUCAUAAAUCCCGCCUCCGCCAGCAAAGCCUAUGGAGCUGUGGACAAACGUUAGAAAUUUAUUACACAUAACAUACAUUUUUCUCCCCCCUGCUUGUGAUGUUGACAUGUAGUUAUUGUAAGACUGGUUUGUGCUCAAGUCCUCUUUUUUCUGUGAAGCUCUGUUUUUAAAAGUUAUUAGGUAGUUCAUGUUUUCUAUGAUUGACACUUGAUACAGCCUGUGGGCAUUCAGGGAUUGCGUAGCUCUCCCCGGGGGAUAUACUGCGCGCCCGAAUGUGCUCAUCUCUACUGUACAUCAUUGGUUUCGGGAAAUGAAAAAAAAUCCCGGACAUACGGAGAGCUAUUUGGCUUCAAAUCCGUAUACAGGCGGUAGACGGAACCAAGUUGUCCAUAGUAUAUACAGUCUAUGAGCAGGACUUAUCCCCUGAGUCUGGACGGUAGAGCUAACACUAAUGUGCUCCUCGUGUGACGUUCUCUGUAGUGUCCAGCAGGGGGCCACUCCACUGGUUCUACAUGUGGUCUGAUUAUAAGGAAGUCUAUCAGAAUAUGUUCCUGUUUUUAGUAAAAUAAUAAACUAACAAUCCAAGUCAGAGGAAAAACAAGCAUUUAGAAAGUGAGACAAGGCUUGAAGCUAACUCCUGAGUUAGGAGUUACAGCGCUGCAUCAUUGAGAAAAAGAGGAAAUCUGUCCCCAAAAAAAACAUUUCUCAGAAUUGGUUACUAUGAAAGGUCAAAAUGUGCUGAAAUAACACCAUGAUGUUAAUCAGUAGAGAGGAAAAGGUCAGGCUUUGUCAGGUUGUCCUCAAAAGCAGAAGAAAACAACCUUUUUAUAGUUUGUCAUACAGAAACGGUGUCUUCCUGGAUUCUAUUAUUUCAUUUCUGUUGCUUAGCUUGCAUGCCGGUCAAAGGCAAGUCUUACACGUAUCCACUGUUGCUUACACAUUUACUUGUAACAUGUAACAGAUACAACCUCACUGCAAAAACUUAGAACUACCCCUUUAAUGUGGAUGCUUUUGAAUGAGGAUCAUGCUUGAACAGUGCACCUCUCUGGCAAAAGUGCAGGGGACGUUACGGAGGAGCCUCUGAGCUGCAUGUUUCCUCUGAGGGUUUGAACGCUCCUCCUGCAUGACUCUGGAGAACAUGUGUGCCAAAGAGAGGCAAAGCACCUGCUAAUACUGAACAGUUUUUGUUCUAGCUGCUCUCUGGAGUGAAAGUCUUCCUCAGGAAUCAGUAAAUGUUUGUUGUGUGGUUAGAAAGUCAGGAGGUGGCGCUCAUGCUCGCGUUUUAUCUCCUUCAACAGAUCGUCCUGAACCUGUUUGUAAGCCUCUCCAGCUUCUGUUGGGUUUUAAUUUUCUGUUUCUGUGUCUGUUUGUCCUUACAGGGUCCAAUGAAGAAGGGAAUAUCCCGCGUAGAUAAACAGAUGCGUAGGUUUGCCGACAUCCGCCGCCUGACGAAGCCGGGUCACGCUGUAAAAAUCAGCGUGGAAGGAAACCGGAUGCCGCUCUGAUUUUAACCUCUAUAGGAUUUAUUCAUAUAAUUAAUUUCUUUUUAAUGUGUUGCUCCACCUUUCUCCUGCAGUCCACCUCCUCCUCUUCUGGUCCAGCUCUGUGUUUCUGUAGAGCUAACAUGAGAUAACUGUGACUCUGCUGAGAUGUGGCAUCUGCUGCACACAGAAAUGACCAGAAAUCAUCCGUCUUUAGGCAACAAACAUUGAACUUUCCUAAAAUGAUCCAGAAAUAAACUUCCAAGUUACCGCAAAACUUUUGCACCUCUAAGCCACCUGUAUUUUAGAUGAUAACCAAUCAUCUCAAUUCAUGUUCUAGUUAACAAGCAAUCAUGUUGAAACGGACGCCAAAGUUAGUGCUGUUAUCAGCUGUUAAUUAUAAAAUCGUUGGUUUGUAUUAUUAGUUCCUGUUAGCUGGAAGAUUUUUCAGCAGAUUGUGGAAAACUAUUUAUGUAUUCAUAACUCCUCAUAUAAGUUCAUAGAUUGGCUUUUUGUUUUUUUUUGUUUUUUUUUCAGUGCAAAAAACCAUUUGGUAGAAACAUCAACUUUAGUCUGAGCUAUGGGAUCUGCAGCUGCUCUAUCAGCCCCGUUCAAACUUCCCAAAAAGAAAAAAAGGCCUGCAGGAAACAACUUAGUGGAUCAUUUUAGAUCGUCUCUGUUUCUGCCCAAAGUUCUGUCUCAUAUAAAUCCUUCAAAACUCUUUAAUUGGAUUUAAGGAUAAUUUCUGUUCUCUGAUGCCUUUUUAUUUUUUGUGAAAACCCCUUUUUUGUUCCCUCCCUGCUCCCAUAGCGGCUGUACAGAAGUCUCUAAAUUGUCUACAGGACUGAUUUCACACAGACUCUGAAAGAUCCAGACAGAAAUCUGGAGUCAGAUCUGGUUUAGGGUUAGUGUGUCUGUGUGAGUCAGCCUGUCUGUCUGCACUGUCUGGAUCAGAUGAUACUUUUUCUUAAUAAACACUCUCAGAAACUCA